UUGUUUCGGUCACGUGACGGGAGCGUGCGAAGAUGGUGGAAGUUUCUUCUUCCUUGAAGUGAAAGCCCUGCUUAAACCCAAACACCCCGCAGGACGAGGGCUGGGACAACAUUUCCGCGCCACUAAACGGAUUUAACAGCGUAAUUUAUAAAACACGGUCCUUUUCCCAGCCCUAUGUCAUGGCCAGUGGAGUCACCAGAAAAGGCACCUCCAAUGGCUACCCCAUGAAGGCCCAGCUGCAAAUCAUCGUGCUGUCAGCAAAACUUAAGGAAAACAGGAAGAACUGGUUUGGUCCCAGUCCUUACGUAGAGGUGACAGUCGACAGCCAGUCCAAGAAAACCGAGAAAUGCACCAACACGCACAGCCCCAAAUGGAAGCAGCCGCUCACUGUGAUUGUGACUCCAUUCAGUAAACUGGUGUUCCGCGUUUGGAGCCACCAGACCCUGAAGUCGGACGUGUUGCUGGGCGUGGCCACACUGGACAUCACCGACACGCUCAAGUCCAACGACAUGAAAAUCUCAGAGGUGGUGCAGACCUUACAGCUGUGUGCCGACAGAGACCAGUCCGACGUGGUGGGCGACCUGUCGGUCUGCCUCGAUGGCAUGACCGUGGACCCUGAGACGUUCGCCUCGGCCGAAGCCGACCCUCACAGUACAUCAAAUGGGGAUUCGCAAAUCAACGGGGAUCACGCCAUAAGGCAAAGUCGAGACAGUUCUCCAGCGGUGGAUGGCGUGGAGCACAGGUCUUCCCCCAGCUCCGUCAGAGCAGGGACCAGCAGAGGGUCUCCAUCAGUGGGAGCCAAGCCCCUCCGGCCCCCGAGGCCCUCCAGACCUCCCCCUCCCACCCCUCGCAGACCCUCCUCUUCACCAGCACCCUCCACCAACGGCUCAGCUCCAACAGAGAGUAGCAACGGUGGCCAGGCAGCUUCUGAUACACCAGUGCGGACCACGGCCCCGGACCCCCCCCCAGCCCCAGAGUCCAGUCCAUCGACGGGCUCGGACACCAGCUCCCCAGCAGCCUCCAGCUCUGGAGCUGCUGCCACCAGGCAGCCCACCAGCACCGUGGCCCCCGUUGUCACCCCCAGAGUCCCAGCAGCCCCCCCUGGACCGCUGCCCCCCGGAUGGGAGCAGAGGGUGGAUCAGAACGGCAGGUUGUAUUAUGUUGAUCAUGUGGAAAAGAGAACGUCGUGGGAGCGCCCUGAACCGCUGCCCCCUGGCUGGGAGCGCCGCCUCGACCAGAUGGGGCGCGUCUACUUUGUUGAUCACAUCACGCGGACCACCACGUGGCAGCGUCCCACCCUGGAGACGGUGAGGAACUACGAGCAGUGGCAGCACCAGCGCCGGCAGCUGCAGGGCGCCAUGCAGCAGUUCAACCAGAGGUUCAUAUUCGGGGCACAAGACCAAGUCUCAACCACUCAGAGUGAGGAGUUCGAUCCUCUUGGGGCUCUGCCGCACGGAUGGGAGAAGAGGACAGACACCACUGGCAGAGUUUAUUUCGUGCAUCACCCCACCCGUACGACGCAGUGGGAGGACCCCCGAACACAAGGCUCAGGACUGUCGAACGAGAAGCCGCUUCCAGAGGGCUGGGAGAUGAGGUUCACCGUGGAUGGUAUUCCUUAUUUCGUCGACCACAACCGGAGGGCCACCACCUACAUAGACCCGCGCACCGGGAAGUCUUCGCUUGAAAAUGGACCACAGAUCACUUAUGUUCGAGACUUCAAGGCCAAAGUUCAGUACUUCAGAUACUGGUGCCAGCACCUUUCGAUGCCUCAGCACGUCAAGAUCACGGUGUCCAGGAAAACGCUGUUCGAGGAUUCCUUCCAGCAGAUAAUGAGCUUCAAUGCUCAGGAUCUACGAAGAAGGUUGUGGAUCAUCUUUCCGGGAGAGGAAGGCCUCGACUAUGGAGGAGUUGCUAGGGAGUGGUUCUUCCUGUUGUCCCACGAGGUGUUGAACCCCAUGUACUGCCUGUUUGAAUAUGCUGGUAAAGACAACUACUGCCUCCAGAUCAACCCCGCCUCCUACAUCAACCCUGACCACCUCAAGUACUUCAAGUUCAUAGGACGCUUCAUUGCCAUGGCUCUUUUCCAUGGGAAGUUUAUCGACACUGGUUUCUCACUGCCGUUUUACAAGCGCAUGCUCAACAAGCCCUUAACCCUCAAAGACCUGGAGUCCAUAGAUCCCGAGUUCUACAAUUCCCUCGUGUGGAUACAGAACAACGACAUUGAGGAGUGCGGCCUGGAGAUGUUCUUCUCUGUCGACAAGGAGAUCCUGGGGGAAAUCACCACCCACGAGCUGAAACCCGGAGGAAACGACAUCCAAGUCACAGAGGAGAACAAGGAGGAGUACAUCAAGCUGGUUUCAGAGUGGCGGCUGUCCAGAGGAGUGGAAGAGCAGACCAAAGCCUUCUUCGAAGGCUUCAACGAGGUUCUCCCGCAGCAGUCCCUGCAGUACUUUGACGCCAAAGAGCUGGAGUUCAUUAAAGAGAUGGAUAACGAAAAGCGGAUGAGGCUGCUCCAGUUCGUAACCGGCACCUGCCGCCUGCCAGUCGGAGGCUUCGCCGACCUCAUGGGAAGCAACGGUCCUCAAAAGUUCUGUAUUGAGAAGGUGGGAAAAGAAAACUGGCUUCCCCGGAGCCACACGUGCUUCAACAGGUUGGACCUGCCGCCCUACAAGAGCUACGAGCAGCUGAAGGAGAAGCUGAUGUUCGCCAUCGAGGAGACGGAAGGCUUCGGGCAGGAGUGAAAGGAGAAGCGGAGGACGAGGUGCCAGAGCAUGAAGGAGUCCCACCGUCAGUGUUAGAGGGGCUUCGGCAGCAUGGUGUUCACUCAUGCAGCCGAAAAUCUGUGGACGCGAAGCUGGGAGCCCAAAAGGGGCGAGGAAAAGCUUUGUACCCUUUAAACCAAAACAUGGAAGCCGCUCCCGCUCCUGAGAAUGUGCGCCAAUUUAUGCAUGAGAUUCUGACAGCUCACCUUCUCCCUCUGCUGUGAAGCAGAACCAUGGCAGCCUCCCUCUCUCUGCCCAUGCCAGCGGGACCUGGAGGGGGUCCCAGAGCUCCAGUCACAUUCUCACGGCCGGAAAAGAGCAGCGAUGGUUUUCCAUUUUAAUGCAGGUUUGAGAAGUCAGGGCUUUCUUUUUUUCUGUUUUCUUUUCUAUUUUUAAACGGGGUUGAAUUGCACCAAAAAAAGUGGGAGACUCUGUACUAACGACUUAAAGCAAUAAUGCGUCAUUUUCAAAAAAACCUAGUGCUCCAAAUUAACGCUUAAAUAACAGACAAUCUUGGUGCUUCAAAGAGAUUUGGGAUGUUCCGUGGUCUGGAGUUUGUGUUGUUUCUCCUGUGAAUCGAAUCAUGAUUGUGAAAAGUGUUGUAGCCUCCAUUAUUUGUGGCAAAUGUGGAACACAACCUUAACUGGCCCUAGUUUUAUAGGGCCAGAGUUUGCACGCCGUGACGUGGAAUGGGACAUUAUGGAUUAGAGUAUUCUGGAAGAAUUUUAAAGCGCAGCUUUAAUGGCAUUGCUCGCCUUUAAUAAUGGGAUUAACAAUCAUUCAUUUAACGUUCAGAAGGGGGUUGACUGACUGGACCCUAAAGAAAUGAAACAGAAAACCAAAAUCGGAUCAAAACAAAUGCACUAUUUUAGAUUUUAAGAGACAUUUUCACGUCUUGAUUUGAACACCUAAACAGGAACAUAU